AUGGCAGCAACCCAUUCACAUAUCGUGCCACGAGGGUAUGGCUCAAAUGCCACAUACAUAUAUGAGUACUCAAGGGGGUUGGGUGGCGUGGACGUACCCCGCGAUGUGAUCUUCACUCGGGCCAUCUACGUUUCCCUGAGCAUUGUGGCAGUCGCAUUGUUCUGUGGCCGGGUGGCCCAGAUCAGCCAUGCCUAUCUACGCCAAAUCACCGCAUCGAGCGCAGACAAGCGCCAGCAGACCUUCUGGGCCCAAGAGCAAUCAAAAUGGUGGUCCAACAUCAAGAAAUACAUCCUCUACGCUCCAUUAGGAAGGAAGAGACACAACCGAGAAUUACAGCUCUCUUCCGUCGUCAACGUCGGCACCCUACCCUCCCGACUGCAGACCAUCCUGGUUGCACUAUACUUCGCCAGCCAAGUCGCAUACUGCAUCGUCCUGGACUAUAGCGUCAACAACAAGGCAGCCUUGAUGGCCGAGCUGCGCGGCCGAUCCGGGACGCUAGCCGUCAUCAACAUGGUCCCGCUCUUCCUAUUCGCCGGCCGAAAUAACCCCUUGAUUACGGUCCUUCACAUCAGCUUCGACACAUACAACCUCCUCCACCGCUGGUUAGGCCGCAUCGUGGUCCUCGAGUCAGUUGUACACACCGCGGCAUGGGCCGUGAACGCCGUCGACGAGGAAGACUUCACCCGCAUGCUCACCCGUGUGCGUGACACCCCCUUCUUCCUCUGGGGCCUGAUAGGCACAUCCGCCCUGGUCUUCCUCUGUCUACACUCCCCCUCACCCAUCCGCCACGCCUUCUACGAGACCUUCUUACAUCUACACCAGCUCGCCGCAGUACUCGCCUUCCUUGGUGUGUACUUGCACCUGCAGCUCGACGAUCUCCCGCAGCAAAGCUGGGCACAAACGAUCGCCUGUAUCUGGCUCGGCGACCGACUCGCUCGCCUCUUCCGCCUCAUCCACCUGAACAUCUCCACCUCCGGCACAACCAAAAUGAUCGUCGAGGCCCUACCAGGCGAAGCCUGCCGCGUAACCUUCCACCUUCCAAAGCUCGUCCAGAUCGAACCAGGCUGCCACGUGUUCGCCUACAUCCCCAGCAUCGCAUGGUGGAUGUCGCACCCAUUCUCAAUCGCCUGGGCCGAACCCAGCACCAGCAGCACAGUAGCGUCCCUCCCCUCCCCUACUCACUCACCAGCCCAAAGCAAAGGCUACAACGACCUGGAAAAACAAUCCAACCUACCCACCAAACCCACCAAACCAACAACACAAGUCUCCCUCAUCAUCGGCGCCCAAAAAGGCAUGACCCGUCGCCUAUACAACCUCGCCAACGCAUCCCCCUCAAAAACCCUCACAUUAUCAGGCUUCAUCGAAGGCCCCUACGGCUCACACCCAACAAACCCCGCAAGCUACGGCACAACUGUCCUCUUCAGCGCCGGCGCAGGAAUAACACACCACCUACUAUACACCCGCGCCCUCGUAACAGCCGCCGCGCAGAACACCGCCGCAACCCGCAAAGUCUACCUGAUCUGGUCUGUCAGAUCCACAGACCACCUCACCUGGGUAAGUAACUACAUGGAUCAGAUCCUGCGACUGCCGAAUCGCCGGGAUAUCCUCGUUGUCAAGCUUUUCGUCUCAAAGCCGCGUCGCGCGGCCGAUAUCGUUAGUCCUUCUGCGACCGUGCUUAUGCAUUCCGGGAGGUGUAGACCUGAUGUCGUGCUUGAUGAGAUUUUGCCAGGACGCACCGGCGCCACCCUGGUUAGUGUUUGUGGGCCGGGCGCUUUUGCCGAUGAGGUUAGGUCUGCUGCUAGGGAGAGGAUUGGGAAGGGUGCUGUUGUGGAUUUUGCGGAGGAGGCUUUCACUUGGUGA